CUUCGACAAGACCCCCAGCUUCGUGUUCGAACCUACAGCCUCGGAGCCAGGUUCAGUCAACGGUGGGCCCUGAUUAGCCUACCAAUUCUACGUGGACAAAAGGGAAAGCUCAUUAACAGAGCUCUCUCUCUCUCGCUCUCUCGCUCUCUGAAUGGUAUAUGAUUUGGUUCAACAUCCUUCUCUAACUCUCAGAGAAAAUGGCAAGGACUUGGCUAAUCAACAGCAGAGGAUUGGCAAGGAAAGUGAGAAAUGCUACGUGUUCUCCUGCUUAUCAAAUCAAAGACUGUGGGGCAAAUCGUGAAUGUCCAAAUUGCCAUUAUAAUAUUGACAACAGUGAUGUUUCUCCUGAAUGGCCAGGCCUGCCUGUUGGUGUGAAAUUUGAUCCUUCUGAUGCAGAGCUCUUAGAACAUUUAGCAGCAAAAUGUGGUGCUGGAACCUCAAAGCCACACUUAUUUAUUGAUGAGUUCAUCGCAACACUUGAGGGGCACCAAGGAAUUUGCUACACCCAUCCGGAAAAUCUUCCUGGUGCUAAGAAAGAUGGAAGCAGUGUCCAUUUCUUUCACAGAACAACUAAUGCGUACGCUUCUGGUCAACGGAAGCGGCGCAAGAUCCAUAGUCAGCAGAGUUUGACCAAGGAGCAUGUCCGCUGGCACAAGACAGGUAAGACCAAAUCUGUGGUGGAAAAUGGAGUGCAAAAGGGCUGUAAGAAGAUCAUGGUACUAUAUAAAAGUUCAAAGAAGGGGUCCAAGCCAGAUAAGUCCAAUUGGGUGAUGCAUCAAUACCAUCUAGGGACUGAAGAAGAGGAGAAGGAAGGAGAGUUUGUAGUGUCAAAAAUUUUCUUUCAACAGCCAAAGCAGACUGACAAUAAUGAUAGCGGCCUUGUGGUUGAGGAUUCUGAUAUUAUGACACUACGAGCUAGUCCAAGGACUCCAAAAGCAAAUCCUCCCAAUCCACCUCGUGCAGGGAAAUCUGUUCUGAGUGAUGAUGUUGCUGACAAUAACAUAAUCCCGUCAUCUGCCCAGAAAGUAGAGUUUGUCUCCGAAUCAUCUCGUGCCUCUUCACCUGCAUGGCUGGCCGGCGAAUCUCAGGCUGUUGAGAACUGUGAUUUAAACUGCUUGGAUGAUUCAUUACUAUGCAAGGAGAUUUUCGAUUCUUCUGCUCCACUAAAUUACUGGGGCUUGAAUGACAUCUCUUACACCAACUUUGUUAGCAACAAAAAUGAGGCGACUAUAAAUAAUAAUGCUGCUUCUGGAAUUCCGGAGCUCGAGAACAUAGAACUGGAUACUCCACCUGAUUUCCAGCUUGCUGAUUUGCAGUUUGGUUCUCAAGACAGCAUCUUUAGUUGGCUAGACCGGAUGUGAGAUGACAUAACAAAGCAAAGCGGGAUUUACAAUGAAUUCCCUAGUUUGUUCUGUCCUACAGUCCGAAGUCACCAUCCUCAUCUCUUUCCAGCAUUUUCUUCAGUGGCAAUGACUUCAUUUCUUUAAGGGCAUUGGAGAUUGUCCCUCUCUGCUGGGGCACUUUUUUUGAACUCUUCUCAGACUUCAAGGCACGCAAUGCCAUGGAGUUGGCAGAAUCGAUCUUUCAGCUGUCUAGUACCAGAGAUCUGUACCUAGAGCUGUCAAGCUGAAAUGCCAAGGAUUCUUUUUGUGUUCUGGCUCUAUCUCGGCUUGUUUUUCUUAUUGUCAAUGCACCAUGCAGGUGCCUGGAUUCAGUGAUUCCUGUGUCUGAAUGCUCUGUUGGUUCUCCAGGGUGAGAAAUGUCAAGACGUUUGUCCGGCAGGGAUGUGUUUGUUGCUUCUGUGGCAUGUGAAAGCAUGUAAGCAGCAACUAUACAUGGCGUUAACAUCUACGAAAGAUGUUCUACAACCGUGCAUAUAUGAAACUUUAGUUUCCUGAUGUAUCAGAAUGUAAACUUAUUGCUAUGAUAAUUAUGGCUUUGUUGUCUA